UAUAACCCACCCAUCCACCUGAAGCAAUCUCAACUCUAUCUGUGGUUAGCAGGUAUAGGCAUUUGUUUUUAUUCCAAUAGUGUCAUCAACCUGUUAUAGUAUCUGCAGUUGGAGAAGCAUAGUUUUGCGCUUUCGCUCACAGUUCAUUGUUUCACGUGUGAACAUAAAUUGGACAGUAUCGCCAAUAAAAGUAGUUUGAAUACGAACGAAAAGUAUGGCUACGGAACGGGCGCCACCGCUAGAAGAUAAGAGCUAUUUUCGGCGUUUUUGUGAUUAUAUGAGCCAUGAUACUAAAGGAGUCGAGAUUGCGACCUACACGGUAUCUGGAAUCCUGUUCGUUGUUGCAUAUAACAAAAUCAGACCGCUCACGCGGUUUGGAAAGCCCUCGGACAUCCCGAGGCACUUUAUCCGAGAACAAAUCCCACAAUACGGUCGGGUGACCAAAAUCGAACCCUCGAUUCAGUCCGGUCCACUGUUAGUGGUCAAACACCGUCCACCACUGAACAUUUUCUUCUGGUCCAGCAAAACGCUCCCGGUCAAGGUGGCCGGGGUGGAUGUCAAUGCCAAUGGGUACUCGUGGCUACAGACGGUGGUCGUCAAUCGGCAGGUUACUUUUGUUCCCGUCCACCAGAAAGAUACUGGUAAGGAAUACGCCGAGUGUUGUGUCUACUUCAGUGAACUUUCCGCGGACAAGAAAUGGCUCAGAAAGGUUGACCUGGGUCAAGCCCUACUACAGUUGGGUUUUGCGAAAUUGAAUACUCCAGUGCCUCGAGUGAAGCUGGCCAGCAAGGAUCCUUAUGAGCAGCGGGUUAAUGCGUACUUUAAGAAAUUGGCUCACAGUGAGAGUCAAGCCAAAUAUCGACGCGUCGGAUUGUGGCAACACACACUGCCGCCCAAUGUUCUUCCUGUUAGAUUGUGGCAAUCCAUGUGCGACCGCUUGACACAACGCUUGUCGCCGAAAUCGUACCGUGUUCCUGAGUUGGUGCGAUGAACGAGAGCUAUAAUCAUCGUUAGUUGCCUGCUGCCAAACAAGCGCAACAAAUCAACCGAACAUGUUGAGUACAUUCGUUCGGAUGUUCGUAGUUUUAACGUGAAAUGACAGGUUACUAGUACUUACGCCGUUUGCAAUAUAACAUAUUUUACAUUCAUAGUAAUUUGCGAAGUUUGAUAGAAGUAUACGCUGUUUGAGAUAUCAUAGUUACAGUUUGGAGGUGUCUCGAACCAGAGUUGUCAUUAUUCGAGUUGUUUAUGCCAGCAACAAACAAUAUCGAGCGUCACACAGGUUUUUGAAGUUUGCUCAAUUUGCAACUGACGACAAUAAUACAAGCAAUAAUUCUGUUUUGUUACUUCAUUAUUACUAAACAUUAAUUUGGUUCGACCUCAAAGAAUUUGAUUUGUUUUUUUUUACUGACGGGUUUUGAAGAAGUUGUAAGAUGAAUAAAUAAGAAUAAAACGCUAAAAAAGCUACUGAUUAAUGUG